AUGGCUCCAUUUGGUUUACGAUUUGCUUCUCGAACUACUCGUCAAGAAACAAGAGAAAUAGCAAAAAAAGUUAAUGCUGAUUCAGCUCCACCACCACUUGAAACAAAACCUCCCUCAUCAUCUUCAUCAUUGUUAGCAAAAGUUGUUAAACGUCGAGCACCUCGUCCAAGAAGUGAACGUGCACCAAGAGUACGUGCUCCACGUCCACCACGAGAUAGAAAGACACGCUCCGACACAACAACGACUACACCUCGAAAACCACGUCCAACUCCUUCCACACCAUCAACACCACGAAAAUCACCCGCAAAAAAACCAGCAGUCGAAAAAGAUCCACCACCACCAAAAGAGUCCGUACCAACUACACCUAAAAAACGUAGUCCACCAAAACGAAAAGAGGCACCAAGAAAAUUUACUAAAGAAGAUAUUCAAAAAUUAUCAUUAAUUAAUUGUGCCAAAGAAUUUGGCCAAUUUCAUAGAGAACAUUAUAUUUCUGUUGAACAAGAUGAAUCACGUGAAAAUUAUUUACGACAGUUAGCAUUACAAGCAACAAAAGUUCAUCAUUUAAAAAAUAAUUUUCGUAAACGAAAUGAUGAACGUUUAAAUUAUGAUCAAGUUGAUUUAUAUUAUCAACAACGUUUACAAGAAUAUAAAGAUUUAUCACGUGCAGAAUUUCAACAAAAAAUGGACGAAUUUCGUAAAGAAGUUAAAUUACGAAUAGAUCGAUGGUUAAAACGAAAAAUAAAAACAACAAUUUCUGAAAUUCUUUAUACAAAAAAACAAGAUGAAGCAAAAGAUAAAGUUAGAAAUGGUGACGAUAAUAUAGUAAUGAUGCCAACAACAACAACAACAACAGUGGUAGAACAGAAAGAAGAUAAAGAAACAACGAAAGAAGUUAAUGGAGAAAAUGAAGAAAACGGACAAAACGGAGAAAAUGGAGAAAAUGGAGAAAACGGAGAAAAUGGAGAAAAUGGAGAAGAAAAAAUGGAACAAUAG